UCUCCAUCUCAACGAAAACCUCGUCCUCGGCUGAGCUAAUUGCCAACAGCCUUUUUCUCCACCUCGUUCCUCCGUCUCUCCCGCCCGCCGCCGUGCCUGCGCGCGCGCGCGUCUUUGCGACUUCGAGAGAGAGCAAGAGAUGUCGGGAGACGCGGUCGAAGGGUCCCGGGAAGGCGAGAGCCAACAAGCGGAGACAGCUUCUCCGGGGCUCAUCAACGGGAGGAAGCUCUCGACCCAAAAGUUGAGCAGAUACGACUCUUUAGACGUCGAAUCCGCUAAAUACCCCGGUCAGCAUCCUCAUGGCUCCAAGCAAGUGGUGGAGUGGAGGGUGAUACUAACCCUGGCGUUCCAGAGCAUCGGGAUAGUGUACGGCGACAUCGGCACGUCGCCGCUCUACGUGUUCCGGAGCACCUUCACCGGGGGCAUCAAGCACAACGAUGACGUCCUGGGCGUCCUCUCGCUGAUCCUCUACACCAUCACCUUGAUCCCUCUCAUGAAGUACGUCUUCAUCGUCCUGCGCGCCACCGACAACGGCGACGGAGGGACGUUCGCAUUAUACUCACUGUUAUGCCGAUAUGCAAGGGUUGGGUUGAUCCCGAGUCAGCAACCGGAAGAUCAAGACGUGUCUAAUUUCCAGUUGGAGCUGCCGAGCAAUCGCCUACUAAGGGCAUCGAAGCUCAAGUCCAAGCUCGAGAAGAGCUGGUUUGCCAAGUUCUUCUUGCUCUUCGCCACCAUGCUCGGCACUUCCAUGGUCGUUGGUGAUGGUGUCCUCACUCCUUGCAUCUCCGUUCUGUCAGCUGUUGGAGGGAUAAAGCAAGCUACUUCUGCAGUGACAGAAGAUAUGAUAGUAUGGAUUUCGGUGGCGAUACUGGUGGGCUUGUUCGCGGUCCAAAGGUUCGGGACUGAUAAAGUCGGAUAUAGUUUCGCUCCAAUCAUAUGUGUUUGGUUCGCAUUUAUCAGCACGAUUGGUUUCUACAAUUUCGUCAAGUACGACCCCGGAGUCAUCAAAGCCAUCAAUCCGGUUUACAUCAUUGAUUAUUUUCGGAGGAACAAAAAGGAGGGAUGGAUAUCUCUCGGUGGCAUUGUCCUAGCCAUAACAGGAACGGAGGCAUUAUUCGCCGAUGUUGGACACUUCACGGUCCGCUCGAUACAGAUAAGCAUGUGUGCCGUGACGUACCCCUCACUCGUAUUGGCGUACACUGGGCAGGCCUCGUUUCUUCGCAAGCAUAACGAUCUUGUCGAUGACGCAUUCUUCGAAUCUACACCCGGGCCUUUAUAUUGGCCGAUGUUCGUGAUCGCUGUACUGGCCGCAAUCAUUGCGAGCCAAGCUAUGAUCUCAGGGACGUUUUCGAUCAUCCAACAAUCGCUCUCUCUGGGGUGUUUUCCUCGCGUGAAAAUUGUGCAUACAUCGUCGAAAUACGAAGGACAAGUUUACAUACCAGAGAUUAAUUAUCUCCUGAUGUUGGCAUGCGUUGCGAUCACUCUUGGCUUCAGGACUACCGAGAAAAUAGGCAAUGCCUACGGCAUAGCGGUGGUCUUUGUGAUGACCCUCACAUCUGGAUUCCUGGUGCUCAUCAUGAUCAUGAUAUGGAAAUGGAACAUCUUCGUUGUCAUCACGUAUGUUCUAGUUGUGGGCAGUGUGGAGCUUCUCUACUUAAGCUCAGUCCUCUACAAAUUCUACAGAGGAGGAUACCUUCCAUUGGCCUUUGCCACCGUCCUUAUGACCAUUAUGUACGUGUGGAACGACGUGUACCGGCGCAAAUACUACUAUGAGCUCGACCACAAGGUGUCACCGGAGAAGGUCAGGGAGAUCGCCACUAACCCCGCCGGCCUCUGCCGCAUUCCGGGGCUCGCGGUCUUCUACUCUGAGCUUGUCCACGGGAUCCCCCCGAUUUUCAAGCACUAUGUGGAGAACGUGCCUGCCGUCCACUCCGUCCUUGUCUUUGUCUCGAUAAAGUCACUCCCGAUAAGCAAAGUCCCGUCAGAAGAGCGGAUGUUGUUCCGCCGAGUUGAGCCAAAGGAGCUCAAUGUGUUCCGGUGCGUUGUGAGGUACGGGUACACCGACUCACGGAACGAGCAAGAUGAGCCAUUCGAGAGGCUCCUAUUUCAAAGGCUCAAGGCGUUUGUAAUGGAAGAGCAUUGGACUAUGACCGAUCGAUUGAGGUUGAACAAGGGCGAGGAUGAUGACGAGCAAUCGGUUGAUGGGUUAGAGACUGCAGAGAAUUGUGAGAAUGGGGUAAAAAAAGAGAUUUAUGAUGAAGCUAAUGAUGAAUGUAAUCAUAAGGCACAAGAGGCAUCGGAGAGAGAAAUUGCUGUGUUAGAUAGGGCUUGGCGUGCGGGUGUGGUUCACUUAAUUGGUGAGAAUGAGGUGGUGGCAGCGAAAGGGGCUAGUUUGGGGAAGAGGGUCUUGAUUGACUAUGCUUACAACUUCUUGAAGAGGAACUUGAGACAGAGUGACAAGAUCUUUGACAUUCCCCACAAGCGAAUGUUGAAGGUUGGGAUGACUUAUGAACUUUAGGGAAAGAGUUAGAUAAAUUAUGUUGUGAAUAGGGAGAAAUUACUAAUUAUGAUCAAGGUGUUAAAUUAUUAUGGUCAAGAAUCACAAGAUGGUAAAGUUGGUCUUUAGAGGGCACAAUGUAUAAGGGGGGCAAAAAUGAUGAACACGAAUGUAUAAGGGGGGCAAAAAUGAUGAACACCUUAUCUAGUGGUAUGGUUUAUACAAUGCAAUCUUCAGAAAUUUACAUUCCACAUGUAUACGUACUUCUAAUUGAUUUUUGGCUUUCUUUUCUCUUAAACUCUUGUAAUCAAGAAACUGCAACAGUGAAAGAAUGUUGAGGUGAAACAUGAAAAAUUCGUAUAAAGCUA